CUCUCAGUGAGGGCAGUAGGAAGUUUGUGUUCAGUUUACUCUCUCUGUCUCUGAGUGUUUAUCGGCGUGUACAGCAGUGAGCUCUGCAGAUCGCUGGUGAAGGAUGUGUAAGCAUGUCUCAGGUGCAGGAAGCUCUUGAGGAAGCACCAAGUGACCCAGGUGGAGCAGACGAGUGCGAGUUAGGCUCAGAGUCACGUGGAUGGAGAGAACGAGCGUCGGACAGUUCAGACUGGCACCGUGACUCGUGGGACGGAGAGGACGGCUUUUCGGCACUCCUUGGGGCGGAGCAUCUUUACACUGGAUGGCGUUUGGAGAACGGACUGGAGGCAGGGGAACGCAGAACACAGCACAGAGAGAAAAAUACAAACUGCAGAGAGACUCCGAAGGAACCACAAAACUGCAGCACUCUUAACACAGAGCAACUGAACAAACAACACAGAAACACAGAGAACACGGACACAGAGGAGUUACACAACACAGAGGACUUGAAUAUACAGCACACAAAAACUCACAACGCAAGCCGAGAGGGACCCAGUACAGACCGCAUAAACACACACAACAGAGACGUAGAGGAACCGAGCAUCAUACACAACACAGCGGACUUUAAAACACAGGACACACGCACAGAGAACACAGGCACUUCAGGUGUAGACCACACAGAAACUCAUAGCAACGAGAGUACAGGUCCACAAAACACGGUCAAAAAAGACGAAACCACAAAUCAAAACUUUGUGAGGUCACCGGUUAAAGACAACACAGGUGCACAUUGUGCAGACACAGAAAGCAAAGACUUUACCGGUGCAAGCACAGCACAGGAGGAGAGAAAAGGCAACAGUGAUGCACACAGUGAGAGACAACACUGUAAAAACUGUAAAGAUGUGCAUUACAGUGUCAACACUGGUUUACAGUGGACAGAUGAAUGUAGUUUAGAUGAUUCUAAAAGGCAAAGUAAGCAAAGUUUACACAGCACAGACAAACCUAACACAGGUAUAUAUGAAUGUAUUAAUAUAAACAUAAAUGAAAGGUCACACAACGAGGGCCCACCAGGAAUACACGAGUCGGGCAACCCAGAGGUAGAAAUUGAAGAAACCACGCUGACACACUGCACUCAGAACCCAGACAUAUGCUGCAAAGAUACACAAAGCACAGAGACCGUGGGCAACAGUACAGAAACACAAUUCAUAAAAGCAUUUAGCGUCGCAGAUACAGGUAACACAGGACAGAUUACACGCUGCCAGCCAAGCCAUUCCCUCCACUCAGACACACAGAGUACAGAAACAGACAAUACAGGUCACAGAGCACAACCUUCUCAGGCUAGCCCAGAUUUGCAUCACAGAAACACAGCCAGCACAGUCCGAGAGCAAAUCGACGACAAAACAGACGAGUACAGUUCACAAAGCAACAGUGGUGAGGACAGUCACACCGAGAGGCAUAGCUUACAGGUGACAGGGUGGUGUAGCAAACAUACAAGUACCUCAGACAAAGCUGACCAUUCAGAAGUGAGUGAAACAUGCUCUGUAUACAGACACAGCCCAUUUAGUUCCGGCACGCACACUAGUGAGAGCGGAAGGGCGCUAAGCACGCAAGACACUUCACUUGUUUACACGACAGAAGACAUAACAGGCUCUGCUGAAAGUUCAGACAGGCCGGAGAACGCAGGAACAGCUGAGGAAUACAGCUCAACUAACUGCACUAGGCAGGAUGCACAGGCGCACCUGCAUGCCUGUAGUCGCAACACAUGGACUCAAGACACUGUAUUUGAAUCGAGUGUCCAGCCACAGACUAUGCCAGCAUGUUCAGUUGCUGAAAGAGCACUCUCAGAUCAGACUGUGAACUCUUUAGUGUUGCUUAAAGAGGCUGUUUCAAUUCCUAAGCUGGUUCACUCUGAAGGGACAGAAGCAAAGACAGACUCUUGUGUACCACACAUUGGAACAGAUUCUGCUGAUGUUCAAGAGAGGCACCAGCAAUCGGAACACAAGAUCCUGACACCAUCCUGCUCUAGAGACUUUGAGGAUGUUGCCCAGAUCUUCCAGCUAAAUUCCCAACUUUCAGAACAGCAGGUUGAGGUCAUUCCAACAGAGAUAAAUGGGUCAGGACUAUUUCUGGCUAAAGAGUUUGAACUGCUAUUGACUGUGCAGGACAGCGACAGAGGACCUUUGCCUGAGGAAGGGAGAAGCAGAGUGGAAGAGAAGGCUCAUGAGGAUACUCUCUCUACCUGUAGCCUCUCACUACAGCCCGGAUCUCUGGAAAAACCUGCAGAUCCCCUGCCCCUCCUACUCCUCACAAACAGUGACCUCAACUCCCAGAGCCCAGAGCUCUCGCAAUCCUCUAAUCUGACUUUAGAGAAAGACUUAUCAUGUUACUCCCUUUCUGCGGAGGAGAAGGUGGAGGAUACGAGCCAGGCAUUUGCAAGGUUCAAGGGAAAGGACUCUAAACAUGGACAGAGAGUAGAGACACAGCUCUGUCCACCUCAAUCAGCCAUACAUUUAGCAGAGAUUUCUGCAGAGAGUUUAACUAGCACGGGCACCCCGCAUAGCACUGUUGAAAUAUAUGAUCCUCUAUUUAUUGAACACAAGCACAGUCACAUACAUGAGCAGCCUAUAGAUCCUUCAGAGAAACAGACACUGGUUAUUGAUUUGGAACACAUUGAUUCUCCUCACUCAGAUAUCACGGUGACCCUGUGUCCGGAAACCAGCGCUGCUAAGAUUACCGUAGACCCCCACCAAGCUGGCUUGCUAGCACAGGAUAUCCCAGGUCCUCAGUCAGAUCAGCCUUGUCAAAACCUUGCUGUGUCCACUUACACAACUUUGGACACCACUCCAGAGGUCAAAGAAGCAGCAAGUAUCAAGAGGUCGUACUUCUCAGCUUGUGACCAGUGGCUGGAGCCUUUUUCCGACGGUCCAGAGAGCGACUCUGAGGACAGUGACCAAACAGACUCCCUCAGUCAAGACAAGCCUGACCACUCAGUCUCUGAGCAGGGUUCGGCUACCUCGGAAGGUGCAAAGAAGUCUUCAGAUCUGAUCUGCCGUCUAGAAUACGAGCAAUACUGGAGCAGUGAGGAUUCGGCUGUUUCUGGGCUUGGUGAAGACUUUCACUCUGACUUCUCACUGCCACAGGUGGAGCACCUUCCGCUGAAAGACUCCCUUGGUAAGAACACGUGUUUAUAUCCAGAAGGCCGUGUAGAGAAUGCUGACCCAGACUUGUGCAGGGUUCAGACGAAUCACUUAGACUCAAAAGCUUGUGCAGGCACAGAUCUCGUACAGUUGGUUCAUGCUGGAGUGGAUCACUUGACACAUUCUGCACGCUGCAAAGAUAAUCACCAGAGACAUACGCACACAUCACUCUGCACGGACUGUGUACAAGAGGCUGGUUUGGACCGCUCUUUGCCAAGCCAGCCGUGGUCUGAGGUCCUUGAACCCCCAGCAAGUUGUCUGGAGACAAAGGGUCAUCUCCAGCCAGACAAGGAGCAAAUAGUGUCCCAGUCUCUCCAGCCUUCCUGUUCUAAGCACAAUCAGCACCUAUACAGAGAGCAACCGUGGAAGGUACAGAGAAACAGAAGACAACAGAGCAUUCAUACAAUCCACAGUGUGGGCAGCACACAGCCCAGCCCCAGGCCUGCUCCCUUCCCGAAGCCUGGAGCCUAUUCCAGAGACAGAGCGCUGCUUGGAGUACUGCACUACUCCCGAGGAUGA